UUUGUGGUCGUUUGAAGGGUGCGAAACUAAUUGGAAUACUCGUGAUGGCGUUGUACAUUGUACCUGUAACCAUUUAACAAGUUUUGGAGCACUGAUGCAUAAGCCUACUUUCGAUAAAGUGCCUAACGAGAAGCAUGGAUCUAAAAAAUCAUCGAAGUCUAUUUCAGACCAUGAGAACUAUUCGAGCUUUCAUGAGAAGCUGUUAUCGAAGUUAACCCUCAUCGGUUUCGGGCUGUCUACCACCGCUCUUACUCUGACUGCUAUCACAUAUGCAUUUUUCAGAGAGCUCUGGAAGUCUCUUCGAAACGCUAUUCAUAAAAACCUGGUCGGAAAUUUGCUAAUAUUUUAUAUUGUCUUCAUCGGUGGAAUCCAACAUGCAAAAGGAACG